AUGUUUGGUGCUUCCUCUUCAGGAGGCUCGGGUCUUUUCGGCACCUCCCAGCAGAAACCUGCUUUUGGCUCUCUGGCGUCUACAGGUAACGUCAACUCCGGAUCGGGGUUUCUGUUUGGCUCCAGCAACAACAACCCUGGUAGUGCAGGAAACACUGGUGGAUCUGGUGGAUUUGGCGGGUUUGGAGGCCAGAAUAACGCUUCUUCGGGCUCUGCAGCUCCAUCUGGAGGUCUUUUCGGUUCAAGCAACAAUGCCAACCAGGGCUCACAGUCAACACUGAACCUUUUUGGCCAGAACAAACCUGCUGGCGGUGGUCUUUUUGGUGGUGCUUCGUCGAAUACUGGUGGUACUGGCGGAGGGCUCUUUGGAGGCUCGAAUACCGCGUCUAACCAGCAGCAGUCGAAUACUGGCAACACCUCUGGAGGUCUUUUUGGCGGAGGCUCUUCUAAUACCACUGGAAACACCAGUGGGGGGCUUUUUGGUAAACCCGCUGCUCCAAGUGGCGGUGGCGGAGGCCUUUUUGGAAGCAGCAACCAGAACACUGGCGCUGGCAACACUUCUGGCGCUGGUGGAGGGUUGUUCGGCUCCUCUAAUACCAACACAGGCAACACUUCUGGUGGCCUUUUCGGUAAACCAAACACUUCAGCUCCUUCCUCGUCUUCUGGUGGUCUUUUUGGUGGAAGCAACACUCAACAAAACCAGCAAAGUGGAGGCUUGUUUGGCCAGUCUAAUUCAGCACCUCCUUCUCAACAAAGCAACGCCAACGCUAACACAGGCUCGAGUCUUUUUGGCGGUAGCACAGUUAACAAUGCCCAACCUUCGUUUUCAUGGUCCUCGCAACAACAGCAAAAACCUCAGCAGUCGAAUUUGUUGAGUUUACCUACAUUGUCCAAUUCACAAGCUGCCAGCCAGCAAGCUCCUUCCUCGUCAUCGUCAACAUACACACCACCUAUUAAUGACCAGCUUAUCAAGUUGAAAGAGCAGUGGGAUCCAAACUCGCCCAAGUGUGCUCUCAAGACUCAUUUCUACAAUAAAUUCAACCAAGAGGAAAUCAAUGCACUCAUGCAACAACCAAGGCCGGCAAACGAAUCGCCAGAGGACUGGGACAGUGCCAUGUCUGAACGUCCUUCUUCUCAGCAUUACCCUAUAAAAGUGACUUCGUUCAGCGACGUGUCGCAGAGAAUAGAGACACAGUUGGACCAUGUUGCAAAAUCAAGGAUCUUGCUCAACAACAUUAAUGAAAAACAAACCCAGCUAUCGUCCAAGCAUGAUUUAGACAACACAACUAGAAUCCUCAAAGCUAAAGCAAGACACACAAAACUUUCCCGCAGGCUCCUCCGCUUAGCUACGGUGCUUGCCAUACUCAAACUCAAGGGAUAUCCUUUGCUACCCGAGGAAGAGGAGAUUUCCAAACAGUUCCAGACAUUGAAUGCCAGACUUAGCGAUCCUAAUGGCCCUGUUGGUAAACUCAGCGAUCUUUACGCUCGUCUUGCCAUUCUCAAAGGAAGAAGCGAGGACCUCUCGUUGCAAUUGGAAUCAUCUAUUGGUAGUAUACACGGUGGAUUGAACGACAUCAUGAACGGAAAGGAGGGAUCGGCUAUUCUGGUUGCUGAGGGCAACAACUACAUCGAUCAGAUUUUACCUCAAUGA